UUGGCGUGGUGGAACGGUUUGUGGAAGUGGGCCGUUGGGUAGGGCCUUAAAGUCAUUCUUGAGAGGAACGUCUCUGUCUGAAGAGAAAAUGAGUUUAGCUCUGAGAAGUGAGCUUGUGGUAGAUAAAACAAAGAGGAAAAAAGAAGAGAACUCUGUGAAGAACAGAAACAAGAAAUUAAAGAUGCUUUUGAGCUAUUCGAUACAGACAAAGAUGAAGCGAUAGAUUAUCAUGAGUUAAAGGUGGCAAUGAGAGCCUUGGGUUUCGAUGUGAAAAAAGCUGAUGUACUGAAGAUUCUUAAAGAUUAUGACAGAGAAGCCACAGGAAAAAUCACCUUUGAAGAUUUUAAUGAAGUUGUGACAGACUGGAUAUUGGAAAGAGAUCCUCAUGAAGAAAUACUGAGGGCAUUUAAGCUAUUUGAUGAUGAUGAUUCAGGUAAAAUAAGCUUGAGGAACUUGAGACGUGUUGCAAGAGAGUUGGGUGAAAAUAUGAGUGAUGAAGAACUUCGGGCUAUGAUAGAAGAAUUUGAUAAAGAUGGUGAUGGAGAGAUAAAUCAAGAGGGAUUCAUUGCUAUUAUGACUGGCGACAUAUAAAGAAUUAUAAGGAUAAUCACCAAAAAUGUUGCAGUUACCAUUCAAUAGUCUAUUUUUUGUGCCUGGAGUCACAUGAAACAACCACCACUUAGUCUUUUUUUCAGAAGGACCAAAACUAAGCAUCCUUUGUAUUUAUAUUUUACUACUGUUAAUCUUCUUUGUAUGAACGGUGUUGUUAGUAUUAAUAGUUAACUUUGCAUUUAUUAUACAGGAUUUAUAUAAAGUUUAAAAAAAUCAAA